AUGAUUAUUCCACACGAUAUCUCAACUUUAGGUAACGUGCGGCUCGCAGUCGCUUUGCCAAUCGUCCUCGCUGCUUUGGGGGUUUUCCGUCUGAUCUCAAGGGUGGUCUACAAUAUUUACUUCCACCCACUCAAAGACUACCCUGGCCCGAAGCUCCAUGCCGCUACUCGGAUCCCGCUCAGCCGAAUGAUCACCAGUGGUAAAGCUCACAAGAGACUGGCAGAGCUUCACAACAAAUACGGACCAGUUGUUAGGCUCGGCCCAGACACGAUUGACUGGGCCGAUCCGCGCGCUUUCAAGGACUUGAUGGGCCACAGCAAGGGUGGCGGUGGCAUGGAGAACUACAAAGACCCCGUCAACGCCAGAUACAAGCCUCACAGCAUCAUCAACUCUGGCCGCGAGGAUCAUGCACGUAUUCGCCGCGUUCUGGCCCACGGAUUCUCCGCCCAGGCUAUGGUCGAUCAGCAACCUCUCAUCCAAACGCAGAUCGACUUGUUAAUUCGGCGACUUCAUGAGAAUUGCGAGGACGGAGGAAAGGCGCUGAACAUGGUUUCCUGGUAUAAUUGGACAACCUUUGAUAUCAUCGGAGAUCUGGCUUUUGGUGAGCCAUUUGGUUGUCUUGAGAAUUCGGACUAUCACCCUUGGGUGUCGAUCAUUUUCGACAACAUCCAUGCUGGUGUAUGGCGGAAUCAGUUCCAGAGGUAUUGGAUUACGCGUCCAUUUGCCAAGUGGUUGAUUCCGAAAGAAUUGAAGAACAAGACAAAGUUCCACAAUGAUAUGAGCCAGGAGAAGGUUCAACGUCGCAUGGCACUGGGGGAAUCAAGGCCCGACUUUGUCCAGUCUAUGAUGAUGAAGGAAGGCCCCUUGGCAAUGUCAAAACCGGAGAUUGAGCAAACUGCAGAUACUUUGAUCAUCGCCGGCUCAGAGACGACGGCAUCAGUGCUUUCGGGAGUGACUUACUUCCUCACCAUGCACCCCGGAGCCAUGACCAAAUUGACACAAGAAGUCCGCACUUCAUUCAGCUCGGAGCAAGAAAUUGACGUUCUCAGCGGUCAAAAACUCCGUUACAUGCUCGCAGUACUCGACGAGAGUAUGCGCGUCUACCCAGUCGUUCCAAUGGGCCUCACUCGAGUUGUGAAGCCGGGUGGUGACUACAUCUGCGAGAGAUUCGUGCCUGCUGGUACGAGAGUGAUGGUCUCUCAAUGGCCCAUGUACCACAACGAGAAGUAUUUCGUAGAGCCCAACUCUUUCAUCCCUGAAAGGUGGCUUGGAGAUUCGCGCUUCGAGAAUGAUGAUAGAGCGGCACUUCAGCCAUUCUCUUUUGGUCCUCGAAACUGCAUCGGCCGGAAUCUGGCCAUGUCUGAGAUGCGAGUCAUCCUUGCAAGAGUCAUUUGGAACUUCGAUAUGCAAAUUGCGGACGACAGCAAGAACUGGACAGAUCAACAGCUAUUUGGCUUAUGGAAAAAGGGUCCUCUCAACGUGAGAUUAACACCUCGGAAGGCAGAGUGA